AUGGAGCCUGCUACUUCCCUGCAGUCUUGCCUGCUAGCCUCCCUUUUCUUCUUCCUGGUCCUCAGCUUGUUUGUGCUGGUCUCAGCCCAAUUUACUGUCGUGGGACCAGCUGAGCCCAUCCUGGCCAUGGUAGGAGAAAAUACCACACUGCACUGCUGCCUGUCACCAGAGAGAAAUGCAGAAGACAUGGAGGUACGGUGGUUUCGGUGGCAUUUCUCCCCUGCAGUGCUGGUGUACAAAGGCCAUCAAGAGAGAACAGAGGAGCAGAUGGUUGCAUAUCAAGGAAGAACCACCUUCGUGAGCACAGAUAUCAGCAAGGGAAGAGUGGCGCUCAUCAUCCACAAUGUCACAGCCUAUGACGACGGUAUCUACGGCUGUUACUUCCAGCAAGGCAGGUCCUAUGAUCAGGCCAUCAUGAGGCUCCUGGUGGCAAGCCUGGGCUCUAAGCCCCUCAUUAACAUGAAGACCCUUGAGGAUGGGAGCAUCUUGCUGGAGUGCACAUCUGAAGGGUGGUACCCGGAGCCCCAAGCUGUGUGGAGAGACCCCUAUUAUGAAGUCGUGCCUGCCCUGGAGGAAGACUAUACAGCUGACAGAGGAGGCCUCUUCACGGUCACCAUGAAUGUGAUCAUCAGAGACUGUUCUGUGAGGAACAUGACCUGCUCUGUUAACAACACCCUGCUCAACCAGGAGAUGGAGAGUGUGGUUUUCAUUCCAGAAUCCUUCGAGCCCAGCCUUUCUCUCUGGAUGGUGGCCAUGGCUGUCGCUCUGCCUGUUCUAAUGUUGAUCCUUCUCACGUCUGGAAGUAUCUUCCUUGUCAAGAAGCAACACAGGAAAAAAUUGAUCUUGUCCGCUGAGAAAGAAGUCGAAUAUGAAGAAAAAGAAGCUGCACGGCAACUUCAAGAAGAAUUACGAUGGCGAAGAACCCUCUUACAUGCCGCUGAUGUGCUUCUGGAUCCAGAUACAGCUCAUCCUGAGCUCUUCCUGUCAGAUGACCAGAGAAGUGUGAGACGAGGUGCUUCGAGGCAGAGCGUGCCUGACAACCCUGAGAGAUUUGACUGCCGGCCCUGUGUCCUGGGCCGGGAGAGCUUCUCCUCAGGGAAGCAUUACUGGGAGGUGGAGGUGGAAAACGUCAUGGUAUGGGCCAUUGGCAUUUGUAGAGACAAUGUUGAAAGGAAAGGGGAGGCGCUGUUGGUUCCUCAGAAUGGCUUCUGGACCCUGGAGAUGUUUGGAAACCAGUACAGAGCCCUGUCCUCCCCAGAAACUAUCAUACCUCUGAAAGAGCGUCUUCACCGAGUGGCCAUCUACCUGGACUGUGAAGCUGGAGAUGUUUCUUUCUACAACAUGAGAGACAGAUCACACAUCUACACAUGUCCCCCUGUGGCCUUCGCUGGACCGCUGAGACCUUUCUUUAGGCUUGGUUCUGAUGAUAGUGCCCUCUUCAUCUGCCCAGCAUUCACAGGGGCUCAGGGAGUCACAAUACCUGAGGGUGGGCUGAUCCUAUAUAGGACAAGACCAGUUUCUCAGAGCCAUGGAAAAAAGCCAUAG